AUGCUUUCAGACGGUACUGCACUACCAGAUCGUAAAUUCCGUGAGACCUGCUGGGAUCUAAAUGAGAGAGGAACCGUAGGGGAAACUAUCCUUCACCUAUGUCUGCUUAAUGCCUCUGCUAUCCAUGCUGACCUGGCCAAGAGACUCCUUCAGGCUUUCCCCAAACUGAUCCUUGAUAUCUACACUAGUGAGGAGUACUAUGGAGAGAAUGUGCUGCAUAUGGCAGUGGUCAAUGAAGAUCCUGCCAUGGUCAAGUUCUUAUUAGACAAGGGAGCUGAUGUCCAUGCCCGUUGUUGUGGUCGGUUCAUGUGUCCAGAUGAUCAGAAAGAUUCAAGGUCAGACAGUUUAGACCAUGAAUGGGUCGAUGUCUGUGAAACUACAAACUAUGAUGGACAUGUGUACUUUGGAGAAUAUCCUCUGAGCUUUGCUGCCUGUCUUGGACAAGAGGAGUGUGUUCGCCUGCUAGUUGCCAAGGGAGCUAACCCCAACCUCCAGGAUAACAACGGAAACACUGUCAUGCAUAUGCUUGUCAUCCAUGAUAAGAAGGAGAAAGAAUUAGAUGGAGAGUAUGCCUCCAAAAAGGAAAUGUUUGACCUGUUAAGAGAUCUUGGGGCAGAACUUGAUAUCAAGAACCGUCAAGGGUUAACUCCCCUUACACUGGCUGCAAAACUGGCUCGGAAAGAUAUGUAUGAACACAUCUUGGAAAAGAUGCGUGAGGUGUGUUGGAUUUACGGAAAUGUGACUUGUGCUGGCUAUCCCUUGCGUGAUAUAGACACCAUUUCAAGCACAGGAGAGAUCAACGAGAAGUCUGCCCUUAAUCUUGUUGUGUAUGGGGAAGUAGAAGGCCAUCUGGAUAUGAUGGAUGGUGUUGUUGUCAAUUUGCUGAAAGAGAAAUGGAAGACAUUUGUACGGUUUAGGUUCUAUCGGAGGUUUGCUAUCUUUACUGUCUACUUCAUCCUCUUCCUUGUGGUGUUCCUCCUGCGACCGGGAGAUGACAUGUGCCCAUCUAGAACUGUUAACGUAACAGGAACAGACAAUGUUACUACAGUAGAAAAGGACCCUUGUUACCUGCUGAAAGUUUGUAGCACAGAGGACAUAGUUCGAUUCACUCUGGAGGCCCUUGUUCUGGUGGGGUCCAUCUGGUAUCUGCUGAUUGCCAUGAAGGAAAUCUAUCACCAAGGCUUCCGGCUCUUCUUUACAACACUGAAAGGAGCCCCUACAAAGGCCAUGUUCCUGAUGUCUUGUAUGUUUGUCAUCAUGAUGUUGCCGGGGCGUGCAGCAUGUGCAUAUAUCUACGAAGAUGUAGUGGGUGUGAUGGCCAUUCUGUUCACUGCUCCUUACUUCUUAUUUUUCUGCAGAGGUUUCCCAAUCUUUGGUCCCUUUGUUGUGAUGAUUUACAAGAUGAUCAAGGGAGAUCUGUUCCGGUUCUUCAUCAUUUAUGCUGUUUUUAUCAUUGGAUUCUCACAAUCAUUCUACAUCGCCUUUAAUGAUAACAAUUGUGAUCCUAGUCAAAAUGCAUGUGUGUUCAAUCACCCUAUUGAGUCGAUGCUAGGCCUGUUUACCAUCACUGUCGGAGACUUUGACGAUGUGUACGACACUUUCAGUUCCUCCAAAUACCCAGACCUUCUUAAAAUUGUGUUCUUUGUGUACAUGAUCAUGGUCACGCUACUGCUUGUAAACAUGCUGAUUGCCAUGAUGGGUAACACUUAUCAACUUGUCAACGAAACACAGAAGGAGUGGUUCAGACAGUGGGCCAAGAUUUUGCUGGUGAUAGAACAGAGUGUGACUACAGAACAGAGGAAGGUAAUGCAAACCAAGUAUUCCCAGCCUACCAAAAAUGACCGGGCACUUGUCAUACGCUGGCACCAGUCGGAGAAAGAGAGAGAAGAGUUACAGAAACUGAGGGAAGCACAGAAGAUGAAACAAAGGAAAAAGAUUCUGGAGGAGAGAAAUCGACGUAUUCUGAAAAAGACACCUUCAAACAAAACCAUUGUUGAAUCUGACGCUAAGGAGGGAAAAGUCAACAUCUAA